AUGGCGACAACCGUCCACUCUCGCCGGAGCCACGCAGAGGCGAGCCAAUCUCGGAUUGUCAAGCUGGCGUACAACCCGAAACGAGCUACGGCGGAUAUCCGCCACUUGAGCUCCAUCGGCAGCCGCUCCACGUCGUCCCCAUCUCCGGCGUCCGUCGUGCCGUUUCCGUUGUCCGCUGACCACCACUCAUCCGCCGCCAAAGAAGACGACGAUGACAACGGUCGCGAUCGAUAUUCUCGGGAUCGCUCGUGCCGCUCGUAUUUCCAGCCUUUUCUUCUUCAAUAUUUAUCCCAAACGACGAUCUGUACAGGCCCCACCCCCAUAGAUCUAAGAUCUAGAUUCUCCUACUCAUCGCUGUGGUUUUCACCGCCGCUGUUGUUGAACGUGAAAGAUUUUUCUUUGAAGUCCGAGAUACACAAAAAGAUUAGCAACAAUAUUAAGAAAGUGGGUGGAGCUUUCUUCAUGUUUCUCACCCACCGUUACAGUAUCACAUGA